AUGGUUGCGUGGACAUCUCUUUGUGUCAUCUUCCUUGCUGUUGGUGCUGUCGUCGGCAACCCAGCAUCGCUGUUGAAGCUGGUCAAUGACGAAAGAAACAAAGUUGGAGUGGACCCACUUGUCUUGGACGCACGUCUUAUCAAGGCCGCGCAAGCUCAUUCGGAAUACCAAGCAAGUAUAAACGCAAUCACACACGACGACCCCAUUGGAAAUCUUGGCGAUCGAAUAAAAAAACUGGGGUAUAUCUACGAGAACGUUGGAGAAAAUAUUGCUUUUGGAUUCACAACUGAAGCUUCAGUUAUGGAAGCCUGGAUGAACUCUCCACAGCAUCGCGCAAACAUUCUUAACCCCAAUUUCAGACAUUUUGGUUCUGGCUUCACUAAGAACUAUUGGACGCAAAACUUUGGCAAUUUUCUCUAUGGUGGUGAAGUGGCUAUUCCACCAGCUUCCAAUUCAUUGCCACCUCUUGCUUUCACACCACAUCUGAGGACGGAUCGUACUGGUUACGAAGAGAAUUAUGACUCAAAUCUCGGAAUUGGUUUUUGGAGACUUUGUGGACUUCGUCGCCGCGUAACUAUACUGGCUAUUAGCGGCGAAUUUGAAACCAACCGUUGCUUCGUUCUUCGAAUAUACAUUGCGGAUCGAGCUGUGAUAAUACCUGAAUUUAGACAGGAUAGGACAAUCAGAUUGCGAUCGUAA